UGUACACGUCUCUACUCUCUUCUUCGUUCGUUUCAAGAGGGCCGAUGGGUGUGAGUGUGAGUGUGAGUGUGUGUGUGUGAUGUAUACAGUGGUGUGUGCUGUGAAUGAAGCAUCAGGUCCUACGUGUGAGUAUUGCGUUAGAUUCUAUGCUUGAAAGCCAUUGAGUGUAAGCACAACACAAAUUGUAUUACCCUACUGUAUGUAUUUGUUUUGAGUUGAAAAAUCGAGAUUUUACAGGAUAGUUGGGCCAGCAUUUUAUUUGAUGAAGAUGAGCAAGGAUUUGCUUACUUGUAAGUGAGCUGUAAGUUGUAUGUGUUCUGUCUGCGAUGAGGAUGGCGAGUUGUGAAGGAGUUCCCCCUUGUUAAAAGUUAUCCUGAUUGCUGAAGGCUACGUGUCAGUGGUCACAAGCGAACGCUGAUGGUCAUAGAGGAGGAAUAAUCCAGAAUCUGUGUGACAGGUGAUAGUGGUCACCAUGGGAAUGUACCACAACAGAAGUAUAUGGUGUACAGGCGGUGGUGUGUUGUGUAUCGCCAGCUUCCUGUUCGGCAUCUUCCCCAGCUUGCCGAUCAGUGUGGCAAAGGCUGUGGAUGUGACAUUUAUUCCGAAGAACAUUUUGAUCUUUGGCGGAAAUGGUUUCAUCGGAAGCAGCACUGCGGAGCGCCUCAUCGCUGCAGGUCAUAAACUGACCUUGGUCAAUCGCGGCAACUGGUACUGGGACACAGGGUUCUACGUUCAGCCGCACGUGCAGCACAUCAUGUGUGACAGGAUGCAAGCGGCCAGCAAAUGCUCUGGUUUGGUCGACUUUGUGUACUACAGUGACAAGAUCGACGCCGUGGUCGACUUUAGCGCCUACCACCCUCAGUCAGUGGCAGAUACUCUCAGCGCGCUGGGCGGGAAAGUCCGGCUCUACAUAUACAUCAGCACCGACUCUGUGUAUGAGGUGUCUGCCAAGAACCAUACAGAACCUUCACUGGAAAGUGAUGCAGUUCGACCAUCUUCAGAGGAGAAGCAGAAAGAAUUUGCCGCCCAGGAGAGCUACGGUCACCGCAAACUUGAGUGCGAAGAAAUUCUCGCCGACUACAGACAGAACAAGUACGGUCCUCCGUAUGUCUCACUCCGACUCCCCGAUGUGUUCGGGCAACGCGACAACACCUACAGAUGGUGGAUUUAUCAGCUGUGGAUGAAACUACGCCCGUAUCUCGAGAAAGACAUUGUUGUCCCUUCAGAGCUGGAGAAGAAGCCGAUCAGUUUAGUGUACGUCAACGACGUUGCAGACUUGAUCACCCAACUUGUGGAGCAUGUCCCUCCCGAGGCCAUCGAUCAGGCCUUCAAUUUGGCAUUGGAGGAAACUCCGAGUCUCAUGGAAAUUCUACAAGACAUUAGGAGUGAACUGAACCUGCCAGACUUGAAAAUUGUCCUGGACAACAAACCGGAUACUAUCCGUCUGUUUCCAUCAGUUCAUCAAGGCCCUGUGGAUAUAUCCAAGGCUCGGAAGGUCUUGAACUGGCAACCGACGGAGUGGAAAAAAGCUGUUAAGGAAACUGUGAAGUUCUACGAGUCAGCGAUCCGCACAGUGCAUUUUGAUAAGGCAAGAAAGGAAAUGAUUCGUACAAUGCAGACAUACUUUACGUCAAAACCAUACAAUGUUAUUCGAGGUCUCCGAGACAUUUAUGGACUGAAUUAUCCUGAGCCGAGGGAUGAACUGUAAAAUAGGCUCGUACGAUAUUCGUAAAGCAAAUGAAGUGCUUUCUGGUAGUUAGUGUUAGAGCCCACCGAAAGUUUCAAAAGUGACAGCGUUACAGGGCACUGAACAAAAGAAAUUAAAUUCAACCACAUGUACCUGAUCGAGUCAAUAAUGUCUAAUAAUUUGUUGGUCCUUUUUAUAAGCCUUGGAGCCCAAAACAGUUGACUUGGUUCAAUUGUGAGCUUGACAGAGUUGGAUUUGAAAUCACUUUCUUUGGGGGGGAGUUUCUGUAAGAAAUAUAUGAAAGUUGAGCUCAAAUUCAGUAUCUUUUUACAUUUCUAAAGCUUGGUUUGAUUUUGAUACAUGAUGGUGUGCUAUGGAUUACAUUGUCCAUAUUUUUUAUGUUUGCCGUGUCAAAGUGAAGUUUUUACUUGUAAACCUAAAAUAAUAUGCUCUCAUUUGAAAAAACUUUAAAGUUAUCAGCCCUAGAUGUUAUAUCAGUGCCUCUCCUUUAGACUAUGUAGUUUCAAAACAACUCAUUGUAUGAAAAAUAGUUUUAAAAAUAGUAACAUGUUAAGACACGAGGAUUCAAUGGUCACUGAUUAGUCACUUUUGAUUCAUCUGGUAAAAGGCUCAUUGGUGCAAUACAAGAUUGUAAGAGCUGAUCUCAGUAAGCCACUAGUAGCUGAGAAGGACAAUACCAAACAAUGCCCAAACUAAUAUUUCUCUUGUGUAAUUUGUAGACUGCAUAAGUGAAAUUAGGCAUUAGACUCUAUCUCUAUGCACUUACACUUGAAUGGCUAUUUCUCUGUUAAGCAACUUAUAUGAAGCAUAGAGACAGCACUUUUUAGGGUGAGGGUUCACAUCUUAUGCUCCUACAUCAAGAUAAAGAGAUAUUUUUUACUGUCUUCUGUGAAUAUGGCGAAUUUCUGACUUUUUUGGUGUUUUUUAUUUUCAUUUUUGACGGACUGGUUCCCAAGUUGGCAUGAUGAAACAAUAACUAUAACUAGUAUAACAUCGCUGACAACAUACAUGAUCUUUCUGAUGAAACAAAAUACUUAUACUAUUCUAUAGUUUCAUCAGUUAAUAUUCCGUCCUACAUACUGUAUACUUUCACCAGUAUGAACCAUGGCAUUUGGUUCUUUCAACAGGAAUUUGAUGUCCCAUUGCCUUUUUUGAUGAAUGAAAGGAUGUGUGUCUUUUUAUUUGUACUCUGUACAUUUUGUUUGAGUGUGUGCUUAUGUGUGAAUAUUUUCUUCAUCUUCAAAUGUGGCUAAAAUCACUGUUCUAAAUUCUCUCAAAAGUGGGAACAAAAAUUUUGGAUGGCAGCGCCUUAUGUCUCAGGCAAUGAUCAUCUUAGAUGCACAAUUAAGAUUAGGAAUAAAAUCUCAUACUCAGUCACAUUGUUUGUUUGUGUAAAGAGGAGCAGAAGGACACAGUAAGUCAUUUUGAGCAAGAAAAAAAGCAAAACAGACAAGACAGUGGGAAAGAAAAAAAUUAUAAAUGACUUGCAACAAGUAAUGCCCCCUAACCACAAAUGAUCACUCUUUUUGUGAGAAAUGCACUCAUCUCCUCAAUAACUUUUGAUAUUCAGAACGAUAGAGAAGAAGAACAAUGUGAGAAAGCAUUGGUUUCAACUAACCAACAUUCUACUCUUUUCUGCACUUCCUUUGUGAGGGUCACAUUCUUUUCUUUCACAUGCUACAUAAUAUGGUAAAAGUAAAAUAUAAUGGGUUCUACAUCCCUCUAUUAUGAGGCAGACAGAACCUCCAACUUCAACCAUCCAUCUCAGAUUGGAAGGGUCAAGUGGGUGAAAAAUCUUUGAAACUGCAAAAACAGGGCAAGUUUUUAAAAUCUCCAUUGGUGAAGGGUGCUGAUAAAAUGAGGUACUUCUCAGAUUCAAGCCUCAUGGAAAUAGAUACAAUAAUAUAGGUGAGUUUUUUUUACCAUUUAUAAGCAUGAAAUAAUAAAAGGCAUUUUAUAGUUUAUGGCAUCAAUAGAAAAUCAACAAAUUUGACCCUGGUAUCGAUUUUUUGCCAAUAUCUCCGUUUGUGGAUUACGAGAAGUAACUCAUUUAGUCAGCAUGCCUCACAUUUGUGGUUUGAGCUAUGGUCAUCUGCCCUGUUGUCCAGCAUUGAUGCCAACAGCUAUCGGUGUGCUGCAUUAGUACACUUAUAAUGAAAGAAAGUCUUUGUAGUUGUUGAAAAAAUGAAUUUCUUGUGAAACUUGUUGAUUUUAAUGAUUUUGCUGACGGUGCUAACAUUUUAAUUCUCAUAUAUAUUAUAUAUACGUAUGUAUAUAAACACAUGUGUCAGUGGUGCUGCUAUUAUUUUGUGGAAUUGAGUUUUCUUUGUACAUUCUUCACUGAUGGACAAUUGUGUCACCGAUGUUUUAUAAACUAUUUUUCAUCCCCACCCAGGCAAGGAAUUUGUAUUAUCUGUUGUCACUUUGGUGAUAUAAUGCUUUUGGAUGAACUUAGAAAAAAACAAAUUAAUAAAAAAAGCUUUUGUCUUUA